GUGAUCCGGUUACGUCAAUUCAACAUGGCCACCCAAACAAACAAGAUACACUUCAGAAUUAAUUCACCUAUGUCAAUGUUAACAUCCAAUUUAGAUCUUUUUAGGAUUUAGAGUAACAUUGUUCAAAAUAAACUUAGCUUCAUAAAUGAAUAUUUUAGGUAGCAAUAUUGAGACGUACCGUCAGUCUUUUUUCUAGUCUAGAGCGCUUUAACUUUAAUUAAUAGGACAGUCACUGUGACAGUCAACUGUGACAGUGAUUUCAGAUUUGGCAUUGCAUCGUUUUUUUUAUGUCACAUUCACAUUGCAAGUCGGACCAAGUGAAGUCAUUAAUUUUUUUUUAUUGGACCCAGUUGUCACUUGUGGCUUACUUAUCGUAUGGUACACAUGCGCAUCAUCAAUAUUUAGAACUGUGUGGCAAUAAACAACUCCACUAGUAGACAAGUAAAAGCUACGUUUUGAUGGACUACUCUGCACACAUCUAGAUCUAAAGACUCUAGUUGGAUCUAAAUUUGUAGGCUGCCUAAAGUGUGUUUACAAUUUCUUGGUGUUGUGAAAGAGGCCAACAAAAUGGGAAAUCAAAUCACCCUGAAAGGAUCUGUGCACAGAAAAAAUGCCCCUCAAAUUCCAGGUGAAGAUCAAGCGGAUGGUGAAGGUGGUGAAUAUGAACCAAGUCAGGCUCACAUUAGCCGCAAAAAAAGUCGCCAGAAUCAAACAGUGGCUCUCAUCAAGCUUUUUGAAAAACUUGAACUAACAGCAGAUGGUGACAAUGCACACCCUGGUGAACUGACAAAGGCAACAUUUGAGAACGCCUUUCAAGGGCCGCUGCAUAGGUUUGGGAAACUGAUGUACUUGCAAAUGAUGAGCAGCGGUACAACUACCAACAGGGAGAGGAUUACCAGGGAACAGUUUGUCAAAGCAGGAAGAGAAAUACUGAAGAUGUUUGAUGAGAAGACGGUGGUCAAGUACUAUUUUUACUUGUUUGCCUCUUCCAAAGAAUUCAUGACGAAAGAAGAUGCUAAAAAUAUGUUUGAAAUCUCAUUUGCCCUGACACUGUCCCUGUCCAAGAUUCUCUACCAAGAAGACGAGAGAGAUCCCCGUGUUUUUUCAGCAAUGGUAACUGGCUUGUUUGGCAUCAACACUGAAGUGGGGCUGGAUGAGUUCAACAAAUGGCUGAAUGAGUCCUGUCCCCAUCUCUUUCACUGUGUCCACAAUUGGGUGUGUCAGAUUUUGACUGGCUCCUCACUCCCUGUGGAAAUGGAAAUGGCAAGAGUACCUCACUUGGAGGGCCAUACAGCAGAGAACAACUGUACAUCUAUGGCCAUAUUGUGGCUUCUAUCUCUCACACUUCCACCAAUCUACACCAAGCAACCUGGCCCGGUCAAACCAGAAGGAGCAUGCAAUGUUACGAAAGAUCCUAUGGUUACUUCCAUGUUAUUGUUGCGUAAAAUAGCUAGGCUUCCAGAGGUACAGAGUUGGAAGCUGCUAUAUAACUCAGAUAAUCAUGGCAUGUCUAUCAAUAGAUUCAACAACCAUGUUUCUGCAUAUCAUGCGCCGACUGUCAGUUUUUUUGCUUUUGAAGGACGAAACCUUUACUGCUUGGCCAUUGACAGAGGAUGGGUGGAGGGACCUAAUAGAUUUGGUGGAGCAGAUUGUCGAUUGAUUCAGCUACUUCCUGUCUACCGAGUGAACCAAGUUGGAGAAAAAAUGGUUCGAUGGACAGAAUUUUCAAGAGAAAUUCCUAAAGGCAUUACUAUUGGAUGUGAAGGCAAGACACAAGUGCUGCGCCUGGCUGAAGACUUUGACAAAAUUUUUCACUAUGAUGUUCCCUGUGAGCUGCAUAAAAUAGAGGUUUGGGGCUGUGGUGCUGAGACUGCAUUAAAAGCUCAAGAGAGCCAAAGAAAAUGGGAAGCUUCAGCAGUUAGGAAAGAACAGUCACGAAAGUUACGACCUGAAGCCUAUGGGGAAUCUUGGAAUGACAAUCCAGACAAACAAAUUUUACAGUGGGGAGGAGUGGAUGUUGGAAAUCAUUCUUACAAUCGAUAGUUAACCUUAAAAUAAUUUUAAAGCUUAAUGCAACAUAAUAAAGAUGGUGCUUUGAUGGUGCUUCAAUGAAAUGUCACUUCUGGUAAUUGAUUAAUUGGCAAAUGGACAACAAUUUUUUUGUUUUGUGCAGAUUUUUAGGCAAUUUAAGGGAACAUGUAUAUGAAUUGUCUCUAAGAGAAUUAUAUAAUGUCAUGCUUGUUUUGACCAGGUAAUUAGUAAAACCUUUAAGGCCCUGUAAUAAUUGUCUGUAUGUUGACAAGAUGUGAUGCUUUCUGGUUUUAUACUGUAUAUAUGUGUAUAUAAAUUUUUCAAUCCGGAAAUAGCAUUAAAUACAUAUUCCUUAUAUCAAUGUUCUACUGUAUAAGCAUGUGUAUUAUCUAAGAGCUUGUCUAUUUGACUUUUAUUUUCCUCUUCAUUAAAACCACUGAAUUAUUUUUUACUGUUUUAUUUUUUUUGUACUUAAAAAUUAUGUUUACCGGUAUAAAAAAUUAUGUGUACAAAUAAAAUGAAUGUGUAUAUUAAUUGUGUGUACAAAUCUUAUUCUGAAGAUAUUAGUGGAUUUCAGGAACUGUGAUCUCUGUCUAACAAAAUUGAUUUCUUUUCUUUCUGUUUGAUGGAUGCUGCGAUGACAGUUUGAACUUUAAAAUUUCAUGAUAAAGUAUUCCUUUAUGCCUCGGUGCUUUCAGAAUUGUUUUCUUUCCACUAACCAAAUGUUCUGUACAGUUUGAUAAAUCACAUGUUUAGAAGUCUAGGUAGCAUUCCUUCCUUGACUUCUUUUCAUGACUUUUUAAAAUCUAGUUCCACUAUUGAGACUAGAUUAGAUACCAUCGAUACCAUCUGAGCUCAAUGUCAGCAGUACUGAAGCUAGCUGUACUUUGUGGAACGAUUGUGGCUGAGAGUUACAUGCUUGGACACCUAGUCACUUUGCUUGCCAGUACUAAAUUUGAGAAGUGAAUAGUUCCAAGGUUUUGAUUAUUGUUGACAGUCAAAUCAAAAAUAUUUUUUUUUUUAAACUUGAUCAUAUUCUAGCCCAACAUUUCUCAACUUUAGUUUUUCCUACCAUCUAUCACCUAACUUUUUAUUUUCUUUUUUCUGAUAGUCAUGCAGUAUAAAAAUGGUCAUUAUUACUUUUGUAACAAUUACUGAACUUCUGUUUUUAGUAUGUCAAACAGAUCUGCCUCCCAAGUUUACACAUAGAUCAGGUUGUGAACAAUCUUUACUAAAUAUAUAAUUAGCCAGCCAAUGUUUGUUUUUACAAUUCACACAAUGAUUAACUACUUUGUAAAUAUAGGUAACUUUCUUGAGCAAAGUUGCUUCCCUUCCAUGCAGAAUGCAAAGUUGUUGUUUUUUUAAACAAAAAAAUGAGUUUGAACUGAUUUCACUGAUUUUCAAAUCUUUAAUGAUGGGAAAUGACAGUAAAUUCUAUGCUACUAUAAGUGGUCUUAUUUAUUUUUUGGUUUAAGAAACUUUGUAUUAUUUGGUUUUGAUCGGCUUUAUUUUUUAUGACAUCUAUCAUUUUUUUUAAUAAAUUUCCAGAUGGAAUUCAACCAGUAUAUACUUUAUAAAAGUGUACAUUUUCAGUUUUUAUCCAAGCCGUAUAGUCCAGUUAGCAAAGAAGCAAUAUUAUGCAUGAACCAAUAACAGUAUGUAUGUGUGUCUGUGGCUCUAGAGAUAGUGUUUUCCCUUUGCAACUUCUCAUGUGACUAAAGAGGCCAAUCCUAGUUACACAACUUUGGUCACAUGUUGGGCAACUGUCAUCACUGUUAUGGUUUGGUCCUUACAUCCAUAGCACUUUCACCCAUCCUUGCUUUGUGCUCGCUCUCCAUCUGGAUCUAUCCAGUACCUCGUUUUUGCAAUUGUUUGUCUCAGUUUUGAAAAGCUACGUGAAUGUGUGUCAAUCGUAAUUAAAGUUCUUUUGGCAGAAGCUGGAAGUGGAGAUGCACUAGUUCAGUUCUACGUGUUAUUCUAUAAAGGUUAACACUUCUUAUUUGCCUACACUAGUUCAGUUCUAUGUGUUAUUCUAUAAAGGUUAACACUUCUUAUUUGCCUACACUAGUUCAGUUCUACGUGUUAUUCUAUAAAGGUUAACACUUCUUAUUUGCCUACACUAGUUCAGUUCUACGUGUUAUUUUAUAAAGGUUAACACUUCUUAUUUGCCUUUACUGUGGACCCCCCCCCCCCCCUCAUUCUUUGAACUGGUUUUUGUGGGCAAAAGAAAUUAACUGAAUAGAGUUGCAAUUCUCUGUCAAAAACGCUAACUUGUGUGAGUGUAGUUGAAGUCACUGGAGCAGAUGAAAUCUGUGUGAUGAAAAGCAGAAACUGUUUAUAUCUGAGUUCAAAAUGAGCUGCUUUGAAAAAUUUUUCAAUUCUAAAGCUUUAAGAGAAAGGGUAGAGAAACUUGUAUUUGUAGAAUACUAUUAGUAAGCAUGUUAUGCAAUGUUGAUGUUUGAACAUGUUCCUAUGUUAUCCUAGAGCUUUAAAUCAUGGUGGGCAUGAACUGAGCUUUGCCCUUGUGUCACAUGACCGUAGGGAAAUGUCAUUGCGUCACAUGACCUCCGUGUUAUGUCAUUGUGUCACAUGACCUCAUUGUUAUGUCAUUGUCACAUGACUGCAGUGUAAUGCCAUUGUGUUGUAUGACUGCAGUGAAAUGUCAUUGUGUCACAUGACCUCAUUGUUAUGUCACUGUGUCACAUGACUGCAGUGUAAUGCCAUUGGGUCACAUGACUUCAGUGUAAUGCCAUUGGGUCACAUGACUAGUGCUAAUGUCAUAGUUUACUGCAUUUCUUAAGUUAAGUCAACUAGAUUGCUUAUAAAUUUUGCUAAGCACUGAUAUGAGUAAAAGUUUUACAUUUUCAGCAUAUAUGUAUAAGUAUAAGAAGUAGCUUAAAAUGUACAUUUGAAAUGCUUUUGCAAAUGUCUGAAAUUUAUACAAUUUAAUUAGCAAGGGUGAGGCAAUCGGAAGUUUGUUCAUUCUACUCUGAACCGGUAUUGUGUCUUUAAUUUCAUGACAAUUUUGUUAAUUUAUUAAAUUUAUGUAACUUAUACGAACAUAUGAACUUUGUAAAAAGAUCAUGUUAAAAACAGAUCAGUAAGACUAGAAAUCGGAGGAAAAAUUAUUUUUUUUCUAUUGAUUUUCCCUGUAUUGUCAAAAGAUCUCAAUGAGUUAUCCAUAACAUUUGGUUUUAUAGAGUGACUGCUGACAGUGUACUGCUGAUUACUUUAUGAUUACAUAUUAGUGCUAAUUACAUUUUUAAGUUUGUUCUCUGAUAGAUGACAACAGUUAGAGUUGACAUAACAUGCAUUAUCUAAAAUUAGUUCAAGACUUAUUUCAAACGUUUCAUAUAUCAUUAUUAACUGUUUAGAAUUAAUUAUGUAUUUCUUAUGUAAGAAAACCACACACACACACACACAUUAGGGAAUUCUAUGUGAAUGUUAAACUAAGUCUAUCUAAAAAAAAAAUUUUGUAUUUUGAAAUGGCAUUUCUUCCACUGCUGAUACCAAUGUCAAUCUAUUCCAAGAUAAUAUUUGUCUUGGACUAAUAUAAUGUUACCCUCAACUAAACAGAUUUUUAUUCAUUGUAAUAUAUAUAUUGUGUAUAGUAUUUGCGGAUGUAGGUUGCCAGGUUUUGGUAGAAAUGUGGUUGAUCAAAUUAAUAGGAAUUGAACAUUCCAGUUUUGUAAACAAAAGAUCUGAUUUUUUUGUCUUAAUUUCAAGUAGAUUAUUUUGUUGUCAACAAACAUUCCAAGAUUUUAUUUCAUUUGUAUAACUCGUUCUGUCAGCUGAAAUAUGUAUACAAAAUAAAUUUUAAAAACCA